AUGUCAGAUACAUAUUUAAACGAGGAAGCUAAUGACAUUGAAUCCCAUGCAGCUGAUACUGUCGAAAAUGGCACUGAUUUCCCUAUUUUAAAAAACUUUCCUACGGUCGAGAGUUCGAGUCAGUCAGAUCCUGAGGCUGCAAAUACAACAAAUGGUAAUAUUCAGGAGGAAAAAACAAAUACGAAUGAAGCUAGUUUGACAACUGAUCACUCCAUCCCUACUGAAUUAAAUGAGGUGGCUGAUGAUUUAAAUUUAAAAGUUAUGACACCUGAACCUGUUGAUAACCCAGAAAAAGAUGUCACAUUUGAUAUACCUAAUGUAAUUGUAAGCAAUUCAGAUAAUAUAACGUCUAAUGUUGACAAACCAGAAACAACUUCGACCGAAGUCCACACUGAGGAUAACCAAGAUGAAGAAAAAGAAUCUCAUACAGAACCAACAUUAAAUACUCCAAUUAAAACUGACGGAACAAAUUUGCAAUCACCAGCAUUACCCCCCAGAUCACCAUCAGGGGAAUCUCCGAUGUUACCUCCUAGAUCUCCGAUAGCAACCGGGGUUGCUCCAAACUUACCCCCAAGAUCUCCUGAAUUAACCGCUGUAUCUGAACCUCCAAACUUACCAAAGAGACAUGAGGCACCAAUGUAUUCAGUUCCACCACCUUUAUCAGAAGAAAUGAAAUCUGCAGAAUUUCGAAAGAAUGCAGCAGAUAUUGCAAGUAAAUCUAGAAGUAAUUCCAGAGUUAUGAGUCCUAUUGAUUCUGCUGCGGAUAUUAAUUUAAUUGCCAAUAGAUAUAGAGUUACAAGCCAUCAAUUAUAUGAUGAACCUGAAUCGAAGAGAGAAAAUAUCGAAGAGGGUCAAAUUAUCUUGAAGUCGACUUAUACAACAAUUCUAGAAAAUGAAAAAGAAUCUACUGGAUCAUAUACCGAGAGUGAUGAUAUAGAAGAUAAAGAAUUAUCAAAGAUAGAUUGGGAUUUUUGGACUAGUGUUGUUAACGAUUUUUCAACCGUAGCUAAUAAGGAAUCGUUUAAAUUAGAAGCUGAGAUUACAAAGGGUGUUCCAAGACAAAUUAGAGGUAUUAUUUGGCAAUUAAUUGCCAAUUCUAAAUCCAAAGAAUUUGAAGACAUUUUCUUAACUUUACAAGGUACGGAAUCACCUCACGAAUCAAGCAUUAAGAGAGAUUUAAAGAGAACAAAUUUUGUCCCCCAGGAAAAAGUUGAUACAUUAUUCAAUCUUUUAAAAGUUUAUUCUGUAUAUGAUCCUGAUGUUGGAUAUACUCAAGGGAUGGGAUUUAUUACAACACCAUUAUUAUUAAAUUGUAAUACAGAUGCAGAUGCAUUUGGAUUAUUAAUUGUAUUAAUGAAAAAUUAUGGUAUUCGUGAAUUUUUUUUACCUGAAAUGCCAGGAUUAAUGUUAUUAUUAUAUCAAUUUGAUAGAAUCCUAGAAGAAACCUCUCCAAUAUUAUUUAAUCAUUUGAAUAGAGAAGGUAUUAAAUCUUCAAUGUAUGCAACACAAUGGUUUUUGACAUUUUUUGCAUAUAAAUUUCCAUUAGAAUUUGUUCUUCGAAUUUUUGAUAUUAUAUUAUUUGAAGGGUUUGAAUCAAUUUUAAAAUUUGCGAUUAAUUUAUUAGUGAAAAAUCAAGAAAUUAUAAUGGGAUUAAAAUUUGAAAAUCUAUUAAAUUUUUUAAAGAAUGGAUUAUUUGAAUAUUAUUCCAAUGCAUCCCUUGAGACGACUGACGUAAAGGAUAAUCAACCAAUUGGAAAUAGUAGUAGUAGUAAUAAUAAUAAUAAUAAUAAUAACGUUGAACGAAAUGUUUCAAUUGGUUAUAAAUAUGAUGUUGACUCCUUUGUUAAAGAUGCAAUGAAUGGCAUUCAUAUUACACCUAUAUCCUUAAAUCGAUAUGCUGCCGAAUAUCAAGAAAUUCAUCAAAUUCAACAAGAGAAAGAAAUUCAAUAUGAUUUAUUUCGAAUUAGGAAUAAACAAUUGGAGAAAGAAUCCAAAAAAUUAAAUCAUGAAUAUUCUUUAUUGAAUAAAGAACAUAUUUCAAUCGCUAAUGAGUUAAUUGAAAACCGUUUAAAGACAGAAAUAUUAUUAGAUGAAAAUCAAGAUUUACAGAGUACGAUGGAGAAACUAUAUUUACAAAUUCAAGAAGAGAAAGAAAAUGGUAAGAUUCCUAAUCCAGAUUCAACUUUGCCUGUUAAUUUAAAGAAUGAUAUGGCCAGAACAAUGGAACGUAAUACAGAGGUAAUGAAUGAGAAUGAAAUGUUACAAGAAAAGAUUAAACAAUUAGAAUUACAUGUCAAAGAAUUAAAAUUAGAGAAUAAAAAUAGUGUUAGACAAGAUAUUACCAAUACGCGACAAAAUCAGGAUACAGAUAAUAAUACGGAUGAAAAUCAUACAAUAUUACCAGAUUCAUCAACUACAGAACGUUCCACACCAUCAUUAAGUGGUGGAUGGAAAGGUUUUAAAAAUGUUUUCAAAAAGGAAUAG